AACUGAACACAAGUGCUACAUGUUCAGUAUGGGAGGGUAGCAGGUGUUUAUUCAAACAGAAAUACUUCAAGGGUGUGUAAAUGAUGACAGAAUUUUUGGGUGAACUAUUCUUUUAAGUAGAGGUGGAGUAAGCACCAGCUCUUCUUAUGAGCCAAGAAGUAACUUCUUAAAUUCAUUGGUACUUUGAAACAACACAAGAACUGCAAUGCCAAGACCUUAUCUUCUCAUUCUGAUAUUGGCCAGUGCUCUAACUUCAGUAACUGGUGAAUAUAGUAUCAGACUGGUGAAUGGUAGUAAUGACUGCUCUGGGAGAGUUGAGAUCCUUUAUGAUGACCAGUGGGGGACAGUGUGUGAUGAUAACUGGAACAUUGAAGAUGCUGAUAUGGUGUGCAGACAGUUGGGAUGUGGACGAGCUGUUAGUGCACCCUCUCAGGCUCAUUUUGGGAAGGGAAGUGGUCCGAUCUGGUUGUAUGAUGUGGGAUGUGCAGGAAGUGAAUCAUCCCUCACACAGUGCUUACACAAUCAUUUUGGAAACCAUAUCUGUGGUCAUCACGAAGAUGCAGGUGUCGUCUGCUUAAAGGACAUAAGAUUGGUCAAUGGGUCUGAUUCAUGCUGUGGAAGAGUGGAGAUACUUCAUAAUGGCCAGUGGGGAACCGUGUGUGAUGAUUACUGGGACAUGAAUGAUGCUGCUGUGGUGUGCAGACAGUUAAAGUGUGGUUCAGCCAUCAGUGCACCAAAAAGUGCCGCCUUUGGUCAAGGCAGUGGAUCGAUCUGGCUGGAUGAUGUUGGAUGCUCGGGAGGUGAAGGAAACCUCACACAAUGUUCACACAGAGGACUAGGAGCUCACAACUGUGGUCAUGGUGAAGAUGCUGGUGUUGUUUGUUCAGCAGGUGACCUGCAGCAGCCCACUCUUUCUGUGAUCUCCACUCAUACAGCUGUUUCUCCUGGAGAAAACAUUCAGUUCAGAUGCACAACACGUAAACCAAGAUGCAAUGCUGAUGCUGAAUUCCACCUCCUCAUAAACGGAUCAUCUAUAUCCUCCCAGAAACAUGUAUUUAGUGCGACUUUCAACCUUGUCAAUGUAAGCGUCUCACAUCAGGGCAGCUACAGCUGUGAUUACUCCUACCAAAACGGCACUAUAAAGUCGCCUUGGAGUAAUACUGUUAUGAUCACUGUAGGUGAAUAUAGUAUCAGACUGGUGAAUGGUAGUAAUAACUGCUCUGGGAGAGUUGAAAUCUCUUAUAAUGGCCAGUGGGGAACAGUGUGUGAUGAUGACUGGGACACUAAAGAUGCUGAUGUGGUGUGCAGAGAGUUGGGAUGUGGACGAGCUGUUAGUGCACACUCCGACGCUCAUUUUGGCCAGGGAAGUGAUCCGAUCUGGUUGGAUGAUGUGCGAUGUUCAGGAAGUGAAUCAUCCCUCACACAGUGCUCACACAAUCCUUUUGGAAACCAUGACUGUGGUCAUCAAGAAGAUGCAGGCGUCAUCUGCUUAAAUGAUUCAAGUGAAUAUAUUAUCAGACUGGUGAAUGGUAGUAAUGACUGCUCUGGGAGAGUUGAGAUCCUUUAUGAUGACGAGUGGGGGACAGUGUGUGAUGAUGACUGGGACAUUGAAGAUGCUAAGGUGGUGUGCAGACAGUUGGGAUGUGGACAAGCUGUUAGUGCACACUCCGGCGCUCAUUUUGGCCAGGGAAGUGAUCCGAUCUGGUUGGAUGAUGUGGGAUGUUCAGGAAGUGAAUCAUCCCUCACACAGUGCUCACACAGUCCUUUUGGAAACCAUAACUGUGGUCAUCAAGAAGAUGCAGGCGUCGUCUGCUUAAAGGAUAAAAGUAGCCUAUACAUAAGAUUGGUCAAUGGCUCUGAUUCAUGCUGUGGAAGAGUGGAGAUACUUCAUAAUGGCCAGUGGGGAACCGUGUGUGAUGAUUACUGGGACAUGAAUGAUGCUGCUGUGGUGUGCAGACAGUUAGAGUGUGGUUCAGCCAUCAGUGCACCGAAAAGUGCCGCCUUUGGUCAAGGCAGUGGAUCGAUCUGGCUGGAUGAUGUUGGAUGCUCGGGAGGUGAAGGAAACCUCACACAAUGUUCACACAGAGGACUAGGAGCUCACAACUGUGGUCAUGGUGAAGAUGCUGGUGUUGUUUGUUCAGGUGACCUGCAGCAGCCCACUCUUUCUGUGAUCUCCACUCAUACAGCUGUUUCUCCUGGAGAAAACAUUCAGUUCAGAUGCACAACACCUAAACCAAGAUGCAAUGCUGAUGCUGAAUUCCACCUCCUCAUAAACGGAUCAUCUAUAUCCUCCCAGAAACAUGUAUUUAGUGCGACUUUCAACCUUGUCAAUGUAAGCGUCUCACAUCAGGGCAGCUACAGCUGUGAUUACUCCUACCAAAACGGCACUAUAAAUUCACCUUGGAGUAACACUGUUAUCAUCACUGUAGGUGAAUAUAGUAUCAGACUGGUGAAUGGUAAUAAUAACUGCUCUGGGAGAGUUGAGAUCUCUUAUAAUGGCCAGUGGGGAACAGUGUGUGAUGAUGACUGGGACACUAAAGAUGCUGAUGUGGUGUGCAGAGAGUUGGGAUGUGGACGAGCUGUUAGUGCACACUCCGACGCUCAUUUUGGCCAGGGAAGUGAUCCGAUCUGGUUGGAUGAUGUGGGAUGUUCAGGAAAUGAAUCAUCCCUCACACAGUGCUCAUACAAUCCUUUUGGAAUCCAUGACUGUGGUCAUCAAGAAGAUGCAGGUGUUGUCUGCUUAAAAGGUGAAUAUAGUAUCAGACUGGUGAAUGGUAAUAAUAACUGCUCUGGGAGAGUUGAGAUCUCUUAUAAUGACCAGUGGGGGACAGUGUGUGAUGAUGACUGGGACAUUGAAGAUGCUGAUGUGGUGUGCAGACAGUUGGGAUGUGGACGAGCUGUUAGAGCACACUCCAACGCUUAUUUUGGCCAGGGAAGUGAUCCGAUCUGGUUGGAUGAUGUGAAAUGUUCAGGAAGUGAAUCAUCCCUCAGACAGUGCUCAUACAAUCCUUUUGGAAACCAUAACUGUGGUCAUGAAGAAGAUGCAGGUGUCGUCUGCUUAAAAGGUGAAUAUAGUAUCAGACUGGUGAAUGGUAGUAAAGACUGCUCUGGGAGAGUUGAGAUCCUUUAUGAUGACCAGUGGGGAACAGUGUGUGAUGAUGACUGGGACAUUGAAGAUGCUGAGGUGGUGUGCAGACAGUUGGGAUGUGGACAAGCUGUUAGUGCACACUCCGGCGCUUAUUUUGGCCAGGGAAGUGAUCCGAUCUGGUUGGAUGAUGUGCGAUGUUCAGGAAGUGAAUCAUCCCUCACACAGUGCUCACACAAUCCUUUUGGAAACCAUAACUGUGGUCAUCAAGAAGAUGUAGGCGUCGUCUGCUUAAAGGACAUAAGAUUGGUCAGUGGGUCUGAUUCAUGCUGUGGAAGAGUGGAGAUACUUCAUAAUGACCAGUGGGGAACCGUGUGUGAUGAUGCCUGGGACAUGAAUGAUGCUGCUGUGGUGUGCAGACAGUUAGAGUGUGGUUCAGCCAUCAGUGCACCUAAAAGUGCCGCCUUUGGUCAAGGCAGUGGAUCGAUCUGGCUGGAUGAUGUUGGAUGCUCGGGAGGUGAAGGAAACCUCACACAAUGUUCACACAGAGGACUAGGAGCUCACAACUGUAAUCAUGGUGAAGAUGCUGGUGUUGUUUGUUCAGCAGGUGACCUGCAGCAGCCCACUCUUUCUGUGAUCUCCACUCAUACAGCUGUUUCUCCUGGAGAAAACAUUCAGUUCAGAUGCACAACACCUAAACCAAGAUGCAAUGCUGAUGCUGAAUUCCACCUCCUCAUAAACAGAUCAUCUAUAUCCUCCCAGAAACAUGUAUUUAGUGCGACUUUUAACCUUGUCAAUGUAAGCGUCUCACAUCAGGGCAGCUACAGCUGUGAUUACUCCUACCAAAACGGCACUAUAAAGUCGCCUUGGAGUAACACUGUUAUGAUCACUGUAGGUGAGAGUUUAAUCUCGUCUCAUUGCCUACAUAAUAUAAAUGCUUUACUUACAAGAAAGUGAAUUUAUUCUGUAUUGAUGUCUUAUUUUUGUGUUUGUGCUGUUAAUUUGUAAAAUGACAGUGAAUUAAAUUAGAUCCCGAGAAGAUUUAAUUGUUUUAUUUCACUAUUAAUUUUUAUUUGUAGCGCUUAUGUAACAACCCACUGUCCAGUUGGCAGUACUGUAGUAUAAUCUAUGUAACAGAAAUAAUGAGACGGUCAAAGUUGCGUUUCUGUUCAAAGUUAAGCCGCUCUAGUAAUGACUCUAUUACAAUCAUUUAAUCACAGUGUCUUGUAACUUCAUGUAUAUCUCUGCUCAGCAAUAAUAAUUCUUUAAGUCUUUACAUGCGAUCCAGCCAAAUCAAUAAACAGUGUAUUCUGCAUAACCAAA